UAGAAUAAUUAUCAAGGAUAAUAAUAGAACUCAUAUUUCUUCCCAACUUCUUAAUGUUCUUAAUAAAGAUUCAUUCCUUUAAAAUUUAAGAAUCUCUAUACAGUCUCCCAGUGGUAACUUUGUUCUGGUCAAUAGAGUUUAUAACGGGAUUGGCUAAGCCCUCUUGUUUUGUGGAGAAGAAAAUAAUUUCAUAAAUCUCAGAAACUGCCUUCAGGAAAUCAUCUAAAUGUGAACGUUUGAAAACAUUAAUGGUUUUAGUUUUCCCUUUUAUGUUUAAUCAGAACUCAUAGUCCCCUUGCCCAUUUUCCUCAUUUCCAAUUUCAUAAUGGAGAAGAACUUCAUCAAGGCAGAGGAUAAGUGUCUUUCUUCCUUUGUUCUUCUUCAGCUGUUGUCUAAGCAUGCUUAUGUUACUCUCAAAGUAUGAUUUCGCACGUGAUAAAUUAGGGUUAGAAGAAUCUUUUUCCUUAGUCAUACUAAGCUUUGAUCUAAGCUUUCCUUGUGUAUUCAAAUCUGAUUUCAUUCGUCUGAAAUUUGAAUCAUUUUUAGCCAUAUUGAGGUUUACACUUGGAUGCUCAGCUUUUGAGUUAUUAGAGGAAGAUUCAAUCUUAAUGGUUGUUUGAACUUUAGGAGUUCUUUUCACCCCAAAGCAUCAUUUACAACCAAAUAACUUAUUUUUCUUCUGUGGUUUAAUACUAGAUUUUUCACUAUCCGAAAACAUUGCACUCCUCAAAUCCUCUCUAAUCUCAUUAUUCUCCUGGUGUUUCACCGAAAGGAACGCCAUAUUCUCGAUAGGCUUGACUAAAGCUGAUGUAACUCUAUCCUUCUUGUCCUUCUUCUUUUCUCCCGAAACUUCUAUCUUAACUCUCAAAUUCUUCUGUACUCUAACCCCUCCACCUCCCUUACCUCCCCAACCUAUUCUGUGCUACUCUUCCUGCUCAUUAUUGUACUAAGCCAGAGGGUUCAAAUUUACUCAUAAUUUUGA